UUACACGUGAGUCCGCGUGUAGUUUUCAUAUAUUAAUUUCGCUACCAGGUAUACCGUUACCAGAAUAACUUCGGUAAACUCGUGGCCUGUUGAUGAUGAUGAUGAUGAAUGUUACUUUUGGAAAUUUUGUUUUACUACUUAAUUACAGUGAAGUCGUAUAAAAGUCAUCAUUCUAAAUGGAAUUAUGUCACAGGUCGCGAACCAAAUACUCAAUUGAUGACAAGUUGAUUAACAUCAUUACAGGCCAAUGACCUCAGACCAAUCAAAACCAUGUCUCAGCUAUACCAAGACCCUUUUGUGACAGUAGUAUCCGUAGGCAUAGAAGACAAAUCCCAUUGCACCCCCAAAAAAGCAGUAAACAACUCAGAAUACAUUACAGUACUAACCAUUGGCAAUGAAGAGCUAAAAACCAUCAAAGACGUAGCUGAAGAAGUGGUGGUUUAUCGCCUACCAGGAGAACGUUUAGGAUUUGGCUUAAAAUUCGAGGGAGGUACCAAAGCCAACGAGUUCGUCAAGAGAUUAUUCAUCCAGUCAUGCGCUCCAGACAGUCCAGCUUCACGGGUGCAAAGUUCAUGGGGGCAACUUGUGGAAGGGGAUGAGGUGCUGGAAAUAGACUCUAUCCCGGUCAAUAGUAUGACCAGAAUUGAUUGUGUACGUUGCUUAAAAGAUUCAAAUGUUGCCAUAAAGUUGCUUGUGAGGCACUGCUUUCAUACCCUCACCCCCAAACUAAAAUCGAAAUCUUCUGAAGACUUGCCUGUUAUCGUUAGUGAGGAGAAGAAGCCUCCUCCGGUGCCACCGAGGAAAAUCCAUAGGAAACUUCACAAAAACGCCCAGAACCUUAACGAGAACAUCCAUGAGAAUAUUGUGCCAAAUAUUAAACAAAUGGAAACGUUUUCAAGCAAAUCAGCCAGACUGCAAUCGCCAAGGAACAGUUUGAGGAAGAAGUACUCUCCGGAUGUAUCCAGGAGAUUGUCAGACGGAAGCCUUGGACCUCCAGAGGCUGAGUUUUAUUUGGAUUUGUUUGCUCAAGAGUCCACGCAGAGUCUGAGUGAGUCAGAUGAUACUAGCAGUACUAUUUCAACUGUACUUGAUAGGUUGGCAUCAUUUCCUACAACAACAACAUCAAGUUUCGCCGGAAGUCUACCGUCAACCCCUACGUCAGUACAAAAACAACUGGACCUCUCCUACAUAAUGACCGAGUUCCCUGAUGACGACUUCUUCCCGAUUCUGGAUAAAAGAUUUACCAACAGGAUUGAAGAAAACAAUAACCUUAUUGAGGUCAUCGAGGAAGAUAACAUUAAAGGUCUGGAUCAAACUGACGAUGGUAGUCCGGAAACCUCUAAGAGACCAAUGAUUAUACCUAGAGCGAGGGACAGAAAUAAACAUGAGAGCACUACCUUGCCAAGACUAGUGGACUUCGUUCCAAAGUCACCCCAAAAAGACUCUGAAGGGUCCAUGGACACCUUAAAGCGUUUCCUGGAUAGCGAGAGGUUUGAUUUGGAGGAAAUUGAGCAGGAUGGAGUGCAAGAUAGCGAGAUGGAUUAUAAUAUGGACAUGUAUGGUCCUAAAUGGUUGUUGUCGUCUCAUUUGUCCACUAUUGGAGAAGAUGAAGAGGAGCAGAACGGGGUGGAAUACAACAACAGUUUUGGGCCACUUUGCUUCACGCCUCGCGUUACGAUUGAGGCCAGUGAAAUUAGCAAGCCCGAUGUCAACAAUUUCAAGAACGAAGUUCAGCUUGAUAACGAAUGUGAAAAGGAUAAACAAAUCCAUAUGGAAAUUCCUCCAAGUGACUCCCGGCAGCCCCCAGACGGUCAUGAGUUCCCAGAUUUCAUAGAGGCGACACCAAAAGAAGCACGUGUCCUUCCUACAUUUCAAACCACUUGGACCCAACCUGUGAUAAAACCUCUGGACAGAUCCAUAAGCAGCUCAAAUUGCGACUUACGGCCGAAAAUGCACGACUCUGACGAAGAAAAGUAUGAACCGGAAAAAUCGAAUUUGCUACACACCAGGUCUCAGAGUUUAAUUGACAUGAGCAUAUACAGUAAAGAAAAGAGCACCAGCAAUUGGAAUACGAUGGUGGAGCAACGUAAGAAGAGAUUGUCCAAGUUAAAAGGUUUGGUUAUACCUGAAGCGGUGGAAAACGAUGUAACUCCUUUGGUAAAUAUUCCUGAAAUUAAGAGUAUUACCACGUCGGAAAAAGAUUUAACUCUUAAGCUAGAUAAUAGUGACUUUAGUCCAGUAAAUGUUCCAGUGCAUGUCCCAGUGGCUCCAGUGGUGCUGCCUUCGUGGGCAGCAAACGCCAACAUCCAAAAAUAUUCACCCGCAUUUAAACGUAAAAGUUUACAAGUAUACCCAGUAAGCACAGCAAAAAGAAGUGAUAGCAGUGACGCCGAAAGCAGCUUUGACGAGUAUAUUAACAAAUAUAACGACAACACUCCUACAAGAAUAACUGACGACCCUAAAUCUUUGGAAAGUAUUUCUUCCCCUACUAGAUCAGAUUGCAGCUUCGACUAUCAUAGUUUAAAAACAGCUAAAGAUCAUCAUUUCAAUAAUACGGCUGAUAGUGAUAAUGACUCAGCUGUAAGCUCCAGCCAGUCCAGUUAUAACUCCAGAAGUUCCCCACCGCCUUCACCAACGUCUGAAGACAAACUGAACGGCCCAAAUAGGCUGCUGAAACCUUCAAGUGUCGAAGCAAUUAACAGGAAAAAUAUAUUGGCUUCGGCAAAAUGCAGGAGCGGAAAGGAUAUUAAGAUUGGCUCGCCAGUGAUUCAACGCAAGACUUCUUUGGAAGAGAAGAUUGAACAACCAGUGGUGCAAGAAAAAGAAGAAGAAGAAGAAGAAGUCAAGGCUCAAGUAGUCAAUGGAAAUGACCAUAAGAAUCAUAGUGAGGAGGAUUUUAAAGUUAAAGCUGUUGAGCAACCUGAUUUGAUGAUCAACGAGUGUCCAGUGAAACCAGUUGUUGAAAAAGUGGAAGAAAUCAAGCCAGUCCCAGUGAAACGAACUCACCCACCACCGCCAACAGUUCGAGAUGUUAAACCACCACCACCCCCUGAACCAGUAACAGAGAACCGUUUUGACAGUUUGCUUAAAAGACACAGCGCUUCAAGCAUUUUAGACCAACGAAAUAAACCAGUAAACGUCCGAAGUCUUAAGGCGAAUUUCGAAAAUUCCACCACCCAAUCUUUGCCAGUGUUUCCGAAAAGCUACAAAGCUGAUAGUAGAGGAUCACCUGCGACAACCCCACCUGAAUUAACCAAUGGAAAACCUUUGGUCACGACUAGAAGGCGAUCAGAAGAUAUUCUUGCAAAUUGGAGAAAAUCUGAAGAAAAGCCUUUAUUUAGGCAAAUAUCCCAGGAGGAGAAACCGAAAGUUGAUAUAACGAAAAUUGCCAAACAUGGAUUUACAAUGAGAAGGACUUCUUUUGAAAAUCUUUCUAAGGAUGAGCCUUUAGUUGUUACUCGAGUGAAAACCAAUGUGAAGGAGGAAGAGAGCAUUUUGAAUAAUAUAAAAGAAAAGAGAGCUUCUAUUGCUUGUUCUAGUAUAGAACUGAAAACUGUGGAGCUUAAUGUGGAUCAAAGUGGAGGGAUUUUGGGAAUAAGUCUUACUGGUGGUGUGGAUUAUGAUAAUAAAAUUAUUACUAUACAGCGAAUAAGAUAUGGAAGUAUCGCUUACCAAGACGGUCAACUAAAAAAGGGGGAUAAAGUAAUUUCCAUUAAUGGGCGUCAUACUUUGGGUCUAACUCACGCCGAAGCUUCCGAACUUCUCAAGGUGCCCUGCAAGAAAUUCACAAUUGUGAUAGAAGAAACUAGAGAAUACGUGCCAUCUUCAAACUUGUCUAGGAGAAUUUCAUCUUCUGUCAGCUCUUUGGCAUCAGAAACUAAAGGGCACGACACGAGUGAAUCAAUUUCUUUAAUUUUCCCCGAUAAGAAACCGACUCACACCAUUAAAAUUAUGAAAAAUGGUGCUGGUUUUGGCUUCAGCAUUGAAGGAGGAAGAGAUUCGCCCAAAGGGGAUGUGCCAUUAAUCGUUAAGAAAAUUUUUGCCGGUGGAGCGGCAGAUAAAGGUGGAGAACUAAGGGUAGCAGAUGAGAUCCUGUCCAUAAACAAAAUAAACUUCCAAGUACUGUCUCGUAUAGAAGCCUGGACCCUAAUGAAGAAAAUCCCCGAUGGUGAAUCAACGGUCGAAAUUUUCCGAUAAGUUUGUAAUGAAUCUUGCCUGACUUCGCGUAUUUUUACCUAAAACUACCCAUAUUUAUUACCCAAUUCAAUAUCUUUUUGCCUUACGUUAUAAUUUAUUUGAUAUAUUUUAUGUUGCAUUUUGUACUAAAUUAUUUAUAUAGUUAUCUAAGUGUAAAUACAUUUAUUACUUUACCUAUUCCUUGGUAAUAUAUUUUUGUAAAAACA